GCACAGAUGCACACUGGGACAAAAGGACUUGGACCUAGGAGUCAGCAGCCAUGACACCAACUGACCUCGCUCAUUUUUCAUUCUAAAUAAAGAGUGGGAUGGGAUUGUUUUUAUUUUGGCUUCUACCUGGAGUUUGGGAUCCUUAUUUUAGCCCAAAUUCUGCCAUGAAGAAUGUUUUCAGGAAGUAGGAACCCAGCUCUCGGCCCUUUGAUUCAUCUAGCUGGAGUGGACUGCCCAUUCAGGGUCACAGAUCACUCGCUUCGAUUGACACAUCUAAAAUUAUGAACAGCUCAGCAUCCUUCUCCCAGUACAAGUCAGAGGAUGGUACCGUCUCUUCAGCAUUUGGACAAAACUACUCCCACACUGGGACACCAAUACCCACUCCAAUUCCUAACCGUGCAACCUCCAAAAACACAAGUAGUUAUGCUGCCAAAACAGAGUCGUUGCUCUUUAACAAGAUUGAUGAGAGACAGAGGCUGGCCCGUGAGCGCAGAGAGGAGCGGGAAAAACAGAACGCUGCCAAAGAGGCCCAGUGGCAGGCAAGAGAGGAGCGAGCCAGGCAGCACUAUGAGAAGCAGCUGGAGGAGAAGAGGAGAAAACUGGAAGAGCAGCGAAUAAAGGAGGAGAAAAGACGGGCCGCCGUGGAGGAGAAGCGACGACAGAAACAGGAGGAGGACCGAGCACGUCAUGAGGCGGUGAUACGUCGCACCCUGGAGAGGAGCCAAAAAACCAGACCAAAGCAAAACCGCUGGUCCUGGGGAGGAGUGCUGCACAGCAACACUACCAGCAUACCAGCCGGUUUGGUCGAGUCUGCUUUCCUCUGUCCACUCGACCUUGCUGGACUGGAGCACAUGCAGAGUGCUUUCAGUUUCUACCGCAGAUAUGGAUUAACGUCCCACUAUGCUGACAGAAGGUCAGUUUCCACUGUUAAUUUAUCCAAACAUACGGACCCCAUCAUUACCAAGCGGCUCUCCUCCUCUUCUGCCACUCUGCUGCACUCACCAGACCGAGGCUUACAGAUGAGAACAACUUCCACCCCUGUUAUGAGCAAAGCUCUUUCCAAACCCCGCCUACAUCAGGGGAAGACCACGCAGCACAAAAACCCAGGACUCCGCCGCCUUCCGCUGACGCCAUGGGAGAGCAACGUGGUGAACCGCCUACAGCAGCCAACGCACUCCUACCUGGCCCGCAGCCGCAGUGCCAUGAGCUUGUCUGGAGACCAGUCAGCCAUGCAUAUGUGUCCUCGCUCAGUUUCCUGCCACCCCAUGGGCACCAUGUCCUUCAAGGCCCUGCAGACUCAGCCUCUCCCUCACUGCCGAAGCCAGGAUAGGAGCCUCAGCAGAGAGAAAGCUUCCCCUGCUUCCACCGCCCCACGGAGGAGAACCACGGGAACCAUGCAGCAAAAGGACCGGGAGAGUGUCAGAAAAUCCUGGAGCAACCUCUCCCUCCCUCUGGCUCCUACUUUGUCAUUACCCCCCAACAAGUCCAUUGCUUCUUCAGGCAAGAAGUCCAACAAAACAACACCGCCCUCUGCUGGCAGACCUCCACAGAAAACGAUAGGACGCCCGUCAACCCCCAAGCUAGUUAAGUCUCCAAUUUCAGAGGAUCCUGGGAACCUUCGUCCUGUCAGGAUCACACCUGAGAAUUCCCAACCGUCAACACCAACGGCACCAAAAGAGGAAGGAGAGGAGAAGGAGCAGAUUUUAAGUCCUUCUCAACCCAGACCCCAACCAGUGGGUCAGAACAAACCCUCCAGUGAGCAGAUUUCAAGCACACCGGCUGGAGUAAACGAGAGUACAAACAGUCCUCCAGCUCAGAAACUGUCAGCUGGUACCACAGAUCCAGAAGAGGCAAGUCGGAUACUGGCUGAAAAACGACGGCUGGCCCGGGAGCAGAGAGAGAGGGAGGAGGAGGAGCGGAGACAACAGGAGGAGCAGGCGAGAUUAGCAAAGGAGGAGAUAGCCCGCCGUAAAGCUGAAGAGCGGGCAAAAAGAGAGGAGGAGGCCCAGCGUCUGGCAGAGGAGAAGAAGAGGCAGGAGGAGGAGGAGGACAGAAGGGCUGAGGAGGAGAAGCUUCAGAAGGACAGAGAAGAGGCCGAGAGACUCCGAAAACAGAAAGAGGAGGAGGAGUCUCGAUUGAGGGAGGAGGCGGAGCGAUUGAGGCUGAAGAGAGAGAAGCACUUUCAGAAAGAAGAGGCUGAACGACUGGAGAGAAAGAAGCGUUUGGAGGAGAUCAUGAAGAGAACUAGACGCUCGGACACAUCUGAAAAGAAAGUCAGGACCAGAGACAGCGAAGUGAUUCCUGGUUCUGCUGAAGCACCUGCUGCCGCCGUGCCUCAGACAUCCAACAGUGAGCCUAACCUCAGCCCACAGCCCAGCACCACUGCACUGAGCCACCCAGACCAGAGGUGGGAGAACGGGGAUUUUGAAGAGGAAAUCACCCUGCCUUCACAUUCCAGGUUGUCUCCUCCUGAAGGAGAGGAGCAGCAGGAGAAGGUGGUAGAGGAGAGUAAAGUUUCUGUCGUAGCCUUCAUGGAGAACGGUCCUCUAAAGCCUCUUAGUGGAGUAGAAGAUAUAUCAGCCCAGCAAGGGCCAGAUGUGGCCUGAUGUUGCUGUGCGAUGCAAGGACUCCACAGAGACGGGAGAAACCGAGAAGGAAACAGAGAAUCAUGGAGCUAUGAGAACUGAACCAAACCAAGGAUUCCUAACACCAUAUAUUCAUAGCCAUGUCCCAGAACUGGUGUCUCCAAAGAACUACAACAAGGCAUCCUUCCAAAAAGAAGUGUUUUUUUUUUACUUUUGGAAAAUCAGACAAAGAGCUAAUUUCCCUGACACUUGGGCAUAACUUUUUGAAAAUGUGGCCCCAGUUCCUCCCCUCGAUUCUCUAACAACCUGAAAUCACAGGACAACAUUGACCCUCCUGCUCUAUCAAGUGAGGCUAAGCAGGGACAAAUAUUGUAGUGUAAACCGAGUCACCUUUUAAGUCUCCAACUGUGAUACUUGAAGUUGUUUUCAAUGUUCUUUGAAUUCCAGCAACUGUAAUGUGACUUUAUAUCUGGAAAAAAAAAGGUUCAAAACUGCACAGUUGUUGAUUUAGAUUUGAUGGAAUGACAGCACAAAGUUAUAAAGAGUGUCAUGCAAAACAAUGUAUUUCGUCAACAGCGUUUAAAAUUAGGGGCUAUCAGAUACAGACCAGGGUGAUGGAGUAUUACAAGCUUUAGUUUCAUUAGGAUUCUGUUUUCUCAGGCAACAGAAGGAUAGGGCAAAACCUCAUUUUCAUUUAGUUUUAAUGGCUGUAAAGAUUAAAUGUGAUUCUUUAAGUUGCCUGCAUCUUUUUUGUUCACUUAGGAAAAUACUUUUUCUUUGGGUUAAAAACCUGUUGGUUUACUUUUUACAGUGAAACUGGAAGUAUUUAGCUAUUCCCUUUUAUUAGGCUGCGUUAGAAGCUGAAUGGAGUCCUCCCCCCCAAACCAGUUCAAAAGGAGGAAGAGUUAACCGAUAUUGAUUUCAUCCUUUUUUUUAUGAAAGGAUGCUGCUAAUUGAGUUUUUUUUUUUUUGAAAUUGCAGCUGUUGAAGUUGUCCAUGUCUGCACUGAAUUGUAGAAAUGCAUUCCUGAGCUUUAGCAUUUUCAGCCAAACUAAGGUCUUCCUGUUGAUGCAGAUAUGAAGAGAUUAAAUGCUGGCCUUUUUAUAAGCAGCCACUCAUACAUUGCUCUCUCCAGCUCUUUGCAGCCUGAUCUUUGGGGUUUACAUUGUCACUAAUACCAUUCACACGUUCUUGUCCCAGGUUUCUUCCAGCUGGACUGUUAAAGUUCUGGUAACUAUAGGUUUGUGAAAUAUAAGUGGAUAUUUUCUUAAAGACAAAGCUUUGUAAGCAAAGAAAUCCCUUAAUUUAAAUAACUGUAUACUGGUUGGUAGAAAGUUAUUCACACCAUUGUAUUACUGAGGUGAAAAAAAUGAUUACAGCUCUAUUUGUGAGCAAAUAAAUUUUCUUUGAAGUAAUUAAA